GUUUGUAACAAUUUGGUUGGUUUUAGGACACUCAAUUCUGAACAAUGAUACAGCAGAGAUUCUGGAAAACUGGAACCGCUAAAAUAAUUGCUGGUACAUUAUGUGCACAUUAUACUAUGUUAUUAGUAGGUAUAAUCCAGGGAUUUAGUGCAAUUCUCUUACCACAACUAAAAACUACUGACAAAUAUAAAGAUUUAACAGAAGACGAAACAUCAUGGAUAGUAAGUUUAGGAACAGUAACAAACCCAAUAGGCUCGUUACUGUCCGGCGUUUUGGCAGAAUUUCUGGGUAGAAAGCGAUCAAUUCAAUUAGCUGCCAUACCAGUAAUCGUGGGUUCCUUGUUACUUGGUUUAGCUCAAAAUGUAAAUUGGAUCUAUGCAGGAAGGCUGAUCACAGGUAUAUCAGGAGGCAUGUCACCUGCUUCUUAUACGUAUGUAGGAGAAGUUUCAACCUCACAAGCUCGAGGCAUAAUGCAAACUCUAGGCCCCACAUUUGCUUCAAUUGGAAUUAUGAUGACUUACAUCUUUGGAUAUUUUCUACAUUGGACUACUGUAGCCUAUAUAAGUAUUGGCUUUGCUAUUUUGUCAAUUAUACUAAUGGAAUUGGUCCCAGAAAGUCCCUCACACCUUUUAAGACAAGGCAAAAAAUCGGAAGGCUUUGAUAUACUUUUAUGGUACAGAUGUGAUCGCUCUGUUGCUCACGAAGAAAUUGAUAGGUUCUAUCAGAACCAAAAGGAAGCAAAUAGCAAUAAUAUGAGUUUUAAGGAUACUUAUUUUGGGCCACAAACAAUCAAACCAUUUCUUAUUCUUCUUGGGCUUUUUGCUUUUCAAGAAUUUUCUGGAAUCUAUACUUUAUUGUUUUACGUUGCCACAUUUUUUGAAGUUGCUGAUCCAAAUUUUGAUGAAAUUUUAGGUUCUAUAAUAGUAGGAGCUAUCAGAUUGGUAAUGGCAAUAGUUGCAGGUUAUCUGGUAAAUACCUAUGGAAGAAAAAUUCUUUGUACAUGUUCUAGUAUAGGUAUGGCAAUAACUAUAGGUGCUGUUGCUACAUAUUUAAAGUACUAUGAGAUACAUUCUGACCAAGAAAAAGUAGCCCCAUACCUUCCUCUUAUAGGUAUGAUACUAUAUGUAGCUUGUAGUAACGCAGGACUGUUUCCUAUACCUUGGGUGAUGAUUGGUGAACUGUUUCCGGUGAAAGUUAGACCGAUUAUGUCUGGAAUAGUAGUUAGUUUAGCUCAGUUGUUAAUUUUCAUAUGUGUAAAGGUUUAUGAAAAUAUGACCAAUACUCUUAAUUUAAGUGGAACUUUAUUUGUUUUCAUGGCAGUUUCACUGUUAUCAGCUGUGUAUUGUAUAACAAUUUUAAUAGAGACUAGAAACAAAACGCUAGAAGAAAUUGAGGCACACUUUAGAGGUAAUAAGAAAAUAUCAAGCAAUGGAGGUAUUGAUAACGUAUUUUUUGAUAAUUCUUCUGAGAAUUUAAAUAAUGUUAAAAACAGGACUAAUACUGGUGGUUUAACAGUUUAGAAUAAAUCAAUUGAAUUAAUAAAAAGAAAACUUAAAAGAAAAUAACUUCCUAAUUACGAGUAGGUUCUAAAUUAAAUCUUUAUUUUGCUGCAAAAUUUUAGGUAACUACAAAAUUUACAAAACAAUGACAAAUAAGUACUAUUCCACGUCUCCUAAUUCUGUGCAACGUAUCCAUCUUUCUAACAACUUCUUUAUAACAGAACUGAAACAUUUGGGCCUGCUUUGCUUGCAUUAAAGUGAAUAAUAAAUAGCGUCAGUAUAUCAAAAGAAGAAACAAUGUAG